AUGCUGGAAGAAGCGGGUCAGCGUAAUCCAUCUUAUCAGACCCUUCCUCGAUUCUAUGCUGUCACGGCCAAUGCACCGCUCGCCGAAAGGUUCACGGUCAACGGAGAUCGUCUCUGGCACGACAUCCACUAUACCGCGCAAUGGAGUCUGCCCUCGCCCGGAGGCAUCACCCGUCUCUGUGCAAGCCCAGAAGACAAGAUGGCGCGAGACUGGUUCCGCGAGCAGGUUCUAGCGCUGGGUGCGGACUACAAGGUCAACGCCACUGGCACCCAAUUUGCACUAUUUCCGGGAGAAGACAAUAGCAUCCCGCCCAUUGCGAUGGGAAGCCAUCUCGAUUCAGUCGCAACCGGGGGGAAGUUUGAUGGUCCGCUCGGAGUACUCGGUGGAUUGGAGGUGAUCCGCAGCAUGCAGGAACAGGGAGUGAAGACCCGUGCCCCUAUCGUCCUCAUCAACUGGACGAAUGAAGAGGGUGCCAAGUUCUGGCCGUUUCUAGGUUCCUCGAUCGUGUACGCUGGGCAAUCGACCGUCGAGAAAGCCCAGGCGUCGACAACCCAUGAUGGAUCUGGCAUAAGAAUGGGCGACGAACUGAGGAAGAUCGGAUAUGUCGGCGACGGGCCGAACACCUUCGCAGAGUUCCCCAUCUCGGCCCAUUUCGAAAUCCACGUCGAGCAGGCAGACAGCUUGGAAAAAGCUGGAAAGCCUGUUGGAUGGGUGACUGGCUGGCAAGGAAUGACGUGGUAUUCUGUGGAUCUCAAAGGCGAAGACGGGCAUGCGAACACGUACCCUAUGUAUGGCCGACGUGACGCGCUCGUAGGAGCGGCGAAGAUCAUCGUCGAUCUCGAGAAGCUAGCCUACGAGAGGAACGGGUAUACUACCAUGACUAAUAUCCGAUCAGGCCCAUGGGGCGCCUGCAACAUCCAGUCGAGCGUGCGGAUGGCCUUCUGCUUGAUGCACAAGGAGCCGGAAGGCUUGGAAACAAUGGGUUCGGAUAUCGAAGCCAAGGUCAAGGGCAUUGCUGCCAUGCACGGGCUCGACAUGGAGAUGAAGCGCGACGUGCAUUUACUACCGGGAGAGUUUUGGCCGGAAGCAAUCGAUUGCGUGAAGCGAGCCUGCGGAGAGAAGGGAAUGGGCGCCAUCACAGGGACCGGCCACGACUCGACGAUGACCACGACCUUGGUGCCAACGGGAAUGGUGUUCGUCAGGGCCAAGGGAGGCUGGUCCCAUACCGCAAAAGAGUGGUCGGAUAAGGACGACUGCAUGGAAGGGGCUCUCGCCCUUGGAAAGGCUGUUCUGAACUUCGACGAGGUGUUGAAGACGAAGAAAGUAUAG